GUCUGCUACCUAAGCGAUACACAACCUCGUGCUAACCUGACAGCACUAAGCUGAAGGUUAUUGCCCCACGUUGUGCCAGUGACGCGUAUCGUACUUACCUAGGUACCUGCUUAGAGCCGUUACCAGCUGAUUGGGGCUGUCAGGCAGCAGGCAGAUAUAGAAAGUCAGAAAAGUUCGGUCGAAACUUCUGUCGGACUCGGAGCUUAAUCUGUUUUGGGAGGUGGUAAACCGUCAUACAAUGUGUUUGGAGCACACACUGUAUUUCUCCCUAGGACCAACCCCUCUUCACAGUGCAUGUACCAUCUCCGAGGCUUAUGAUUUCAUCGCAAAUUUGAAGGUUUUUGAUUCGCCACGUUAACCCCAGAUCCAUUUUACUACCGAGAUCGCCGACAAAGACCGCCAUCAACUUUUUUGGGCUUUUGUCAUCAUCUCCGAAUAAUAACUCUAGACCUAGCCUGCAAACUUCCUCAGUUUCCAUCUCUCCCGUGACAUAUUUCUUCUCUCAAUCGUCAUCUUUUGUUUCGCCAACCAUCAAACAAGCAAACCUAAGAUAUCUUCAUUCCUCUCAACCAUAAACAAUUCGCUCAACCCCCAAUAUCAUCCAAAUCGCAUAUCAAAGCCAAAUCCACAUAACCAUCAAAAUGUUGUCGCGAACACUCGCCAAUACUGCUCGUCGAGCGAUCGCAUCUGCGAACCCCCGUAUUGCCACCCGCCAGAUUCUCAACCCGGCCGCCAACGUCGUCCGUCGAUCAUACCACGAGAAGGUUCUCGACCAUUAUAGCCGACCGCGCAAUGUUGGCUCCAUGUUAAAGACGGAUGUCGAUGUCGGUACCGGUCUAGUAGGCGCUCCGGCUUGCGGCGAUGUCAUGAAGUUGCAGAUCAGAGUUGAUCCGAAGGACAACACCAUUGCCGACGUCAAGUUCAAGACUUUUGGCUGCGGUAGUGCUAUCGCAAGCUCGAGUUAUUUAACCGAGCUUGUAAGGGGAAUGACCUUGGAGGAGGCCGGACGAAUUAAGAAUACCGAAAUCGCCAAGGAGCUUUGCUUACCGCCCGUCAAGCUACACUGCUCUAUGUUAGCCGAAGAUGCUAUCAAGUCCGCCAUAUCCAACUACUACAGCAAGAACCCUCAUGCUAAGCCGACGAACCUUGCUGGUACUGGAGCCAAGUUGCCCAGUGUUGGCGAGGCUGCGGCGGCGACGGCUUAGAGAAAUAAAACCUAUCGCCACGCUGGAUUUAUGACUAAGUCAUUCGUUAACUUGCAUGGGAUAUGGAGUCUAGGUGCAAUCAAUAAGGGCGGAAAAGUUGCAGUUUAGGUGAUCAACUUGCGGCAGAAAAGAGAAGAAGGGGCAGCAAGGAUUAAGCGAACAGAUCGACGCGAGUCUUAUCUGCCCACAAGGUUAUUGUUUUCAGUGAAGGAAUAUUGUAUCUUCAGUACGAUUGGAGUUGAGCGUGAUGGACUUCUCAUCUCAUCAUCAACUGGGUUGUUGGACUAACAUUGUUCGAUCACUCAUUAAUGAGAUUCAUGGGAUGUACCGUAGUCCUGGUUUAGGCAAUAAAAUUGUAAACCCGGCUUGAGUCUGAUGUCCAUUGCAAAGUCUUUAGUGAAAAAUCCCAUCACCAUAGUGACUAAUUACCCCUGAAUGAUUCAACAUGACCUGAGAAUCUUCUUCUUUUAUACCACUGAUACCGAAUUUGGAGUGCUUGAUGGCGAAAAUAGUCGUUAGAUGCCACAUAGAUUGAUUCCGGUACGGUCGGCUGGUUUUAAU